GUAACCAUGCAGGCAUUUCUAAAAGGCACAUCUAUCAGCAGUAAACCACCAUUGACUAAGGAUCGAGGAGUAGCUGCCACUGCCAGAAGUAGUGGUGGAGAGAACAAGAAAGCCAAACCUGUUCCGUGGGUGGAAAAAUAUCGCCCAAAAUAUGUGGAUGAAGUUGCUUUCCAGGAAGAAGUGGUUGCAGUGCUAAAAAAGUCUUUAGAAGGAGCUGAUCUCCCUAAUCUCUUGUUUUACGGCCCACCUGGAACUGGAAAAACAUCCACUAUUUUGGCAGCAGCUAGGGAACUCUUUGGGCCUGAACUUUUUCGAUUAAGAGUUCUUGAGUUAAACGCAUCUGAUGAACGUGGAAUACAAGUAGUUAGAGAGAAAGUGAAGAAUUUUGCCCAAUUAACUGUGACAGGAAGCCGUUCAGACGGGAAGCCAUGUCCUCCUUUUAAAAUUGUGAUCCUGGAUGAAGCAGAUUCUAUGACCUCAGCUGCUCAGGCAGCUUUAAGACGUACCAUGGAGAAAGAGUCUAAAACCACCCGAUUCUGUCUCAUCUGUAACUAUGUCAGUCGAAUAAUUGAACCUCUGACCUCUAGAUGUUCUAAAUUCCGCUUCAAACCUCUGUCAGAUAAAAUUCAACAGCAGCGAUUACUAGACAUCGCUGAUAAAGAACAUAUCAAAAUUAGCAAUGAGGGACUAGCUCAUCUUGUUAAAGUGUCAGAAGGAGACUUAAGGAAAGCCAUUACAUUUCUUCAAAGUGCUACUCGAUUAACAGGUGGAAAGGUCACAGAAAAGGUGAUCACAGACAUUGCUGGGGUAAUACCAGCUGAAACAAUUGAUGGAGUAUUUGCUGCAUGUCAGAGUGGCUCUUUUGACAAACUCGAAACUGUGGUAAAGGACUUAAUAGACGAGGGUCAUGCAGCAACUCAGCUUGUAAAUCAGCUUCAUGAUGGGGUUGUAGAAAAUGAUACCCUUUCUGAUAAACAGAAAUCUGUUAUUACAGAAAAGCUUGCUGAAGUUGAUAAAUGUUUAGCAGAUGGCGCUGAUGAACAUCUACAGCUGAUCAGCCUCUGCGCAACUGUCAUGCAGCAGUUAACUCAGAAUUGUUAA